AUGCUGGACGUCAUGGAGGGUGGCCCUAAACUGCGCCGCUGGUACGGUUCCGAUAGCUCCGUCGGCGACGGCACCGGAGCGUCGGGCGACGAGAACGGCGACGAGACCGCGGCGUACGGCGACGCCGACGAGGCCGACGAGGACGACGACGACGUCGAGUUGAACCUACCCAAGACGAGCAUUUUGGUCACGAACGCGGACGGCGCGCUCGGAGAAUCCAUCGUGGUGCAAUUGAUAUUGGCCAAGGCGAGCGUGGUGGCGGCGUGCGAGGCGGAACAGAUCGUCGGCGCGGAGACGCGGUUCGGUCCGUACGUAAACGUGGUGUCGAACUCGAUGAGCGCGGGAGCGCGGUUGAACGGCGUGCGCGCGAUGGUGGUGACGGACGCGCUGGAGGAGGAUUUAUUAGCGGCAUGCGUGCGGAGAGGGGUGAAACACGUCGUGCUGGUGUCGAGCGCGAAGAGCGCGGGCGGCGGGUUGUUUCCGAGCGCCAACGAAAAGGCUCGACGAGAUAAAACGAGAGAAGAGCUGGCCAAGCGAAGCGGCGUCGCGCUCACCAUCAUUCGACCGUGCAGCGUGAAAUCAUCACCGUCGCAAGGUCGAGAGAUAAGAUUUGGACAGGGCGACACGCUCACGGGGGAGGUGAGCAUGGAGGAUUUGGCAGAAGUGUGCGCUCGUGCGCUCACGCGUCCGCCGAAGCCCGGCGAAUCUCUCGAGUUCGAAGUCUCCAACGGCGCCGCCGCCGCCGAGCGCGACUGGAAAGCGUUAUUCGCACCUCUAGUCAUCGUUUAG